AUGGCUUGGCGGUGCAGCGGCGCGAGCAACGCUGAACUCAUCUCCAACCUCUUCGCCAAAGGGCUGAUAACCUCACCACGAGUCCGCGACGCCAUGUCCUCGGUGGACCGGGCGCACUACUGCCCCUCGACGCCCAGUGCGGCGUACGAAGACUCGCCUCAAUCGAUCGGCUUCCGCGCCACCAUCUCCGCGCCACACAUGCACGCCGCGGCCUGUGAGUCGCUGCUGGGUCAUUUACCUGAGAGUCGCGGGGCGCAGGUGCUUGACAUUGGCUGUGGGAGUGGGUAUUUGACGCAUGUUCUCGCGAACUUGGUGUGCGGCGCGGAUGGGCGUGGAGACGGCAAGGUCGUGGGCAUCGAUCAUAUCCAGGGUCUGGUGGACCUGGCGGGAGGGAAUAUGCGGCGGAGUGAGGAGGGGAGGAGGUUGUUGGAGACUGGGAAGGUGGAGUUGGUGGUUGGGGAUGGGAGGAAGGGGUAUAAGAAUGGUGGGCCGUAUGAUGCUAUUCAUGUAGGUGCCGCGGCCAAGGAAAUGCAUGCGGAUCUUCUGGAGCAGUUGAAGAGUCCUGGGAGGAUGUUCAUUCCUGUCGAUGAUGAGGAUGGCUGGGGUGGUCAGUGGAUUUGGGUGGUGGACAAGGAUAAGGAUGGCAAGGUGACGCGCACGAGGGAUAUGGGUGUCAGGUAUGUGCCUUUGACAGACGCUCCGAAGUGA